AGGGGGUGGUGGGCCAACUUCAUCAGAAGUAAAUACUUGCAUGACGUGCAUGAGUGGAUGGCAUAUGCUUCUCAAAUCAGCUCCAAGUUAUGGAAAGAUCUUUCAUUGAUCAUGCGAGAAAGUCUUCAAGCAAACGGAGGCAACAAGCGCUGAUCGUAGACCACCCUUACCUUUAUAUAAACAAGCAACUCCAAGUGAAUAACCGAACCACGUCUACAAAAUGCCAGUACCAUGCAGCUGCUUCAAAGCCAAUGUGAGGCUCCUUGCUCAAAUACAAACUACAAAUCUUGAUCGGUCAUUGAAGCCGAUCAGUUUAAUGAAAUUUUUAUCAUAAGGUGAAUGCUCGCGAAACUGCUGCAAGCUUGUUAGAACAGUACGAAGAUAGGUAACGUCAUGCGCGUCCUUUGUCAACGCAUCCACUAUUGCGAAUCUUCUCAGUAAGCAACACCGUAUACCCAGCAAAAAAAUAAAAAAAAUCUUCGGCCCAGCAAACUCGUAUAAUACAGGCAUCUCCGGCUCCGCUCCUUGAGUGGGUGGUUUGCACCACCGCACACCUGAGCGACAAGACGUCUUCUUAGUCUUUUCGACUUUUGUUGUUCUUGUGUGUCUAGAGGCGACCGUGUUGGCAGCGAUGUAUAAUACGGUUAACCUCGAGACUGGCUGGUUGGGUUUGGGUUCGCCCAAACCUGAGUGGUCAGUUUAUCCAAGGUUAGCAUCUUGGACGCCCCCUUAUACUAUACAAUUGGCCCCUAAAAAGGUCGCAAUAGGGUGAGUUGAACGUACAUUGGUGUAAAGAACUGAUUCAAAAAUGAAUCAUGAAUUCUUUCUUUCGCAAACCAUUAUUUAAUGUUUUGGAAAGGCUCCAGUUGCGUUCAUGGCGGAGGUAGCUUGUCUCGCUCGCCGCAUAAUUGGGCUUUUCACAAAAGUAAAAUUAUGCCUCUUCAGUAGUCUAACUAAGGAGCGGUCUAUUGCUGUAUACCUGUUUGUACGAUGGUUCAUUCGGUUCCGCCGGAGCGGUGGGUGGUUGAAUGUUUCACUUUAUUUAAGUCCGCCGUAUGUCUUAUGACAUACUACGGUGGGCGUUUUGAUCGCCAUUCUCCCCUUCCGUUUCCCGUGUCUUUGACACGUUCCGGACUUCCGCGAUGCAUUCCCGCGUUUCAUCGUAAGAUGAUUUCACGCAGGGAUGAAAAGGCCGACCGUCUCGUAAAGUUUUUUCUUUCGAAAUUGAGUUUAUCCCGUUUUAUAUUAGUUUAUAAGAAGACUAAUUACGGGUACGAGACGUGGGGAGCCCCCUCCUCCAUCGGUCGUGCCAGAAAAGAGAUUAUUUGAUCUGCGCGACCAAUGCGUCAGUCUUGCCGAGAGGUAUUGCCCACGUUUGUUUGAUACUCCUAUGAAUGUCGGCUUGCGUUGGUUACCUGUGUGGUCAUCCUCACCGGUGAAGGAUGGGGCUCCCUGUGUAAAGGUAAAUUGAAAAUCCCCAUUCCACCGUAUGAUAUGGGAGAUAUUCUCCAUAUCAUUAUGGGAUAAAGCAACGGUUCUGGUCUUUCAGAGCCUCACAGACCCUGACGUCCCUCCCGUUUGUAGCCAUUUCGGCAGGAGAACAAGGAAUGGGCCGCGCGAUAUUUCACCCCUUUGUUUAGUUACUUCUUCUAUCCACGUAUUGUUUUCCCGGAAAGGCAACUGAGUCUUUUGAUUCCUUUCCUUUCUCGGUUUACCAACCGGUAGCCGAUCUGGAAUCGAAUUAUUGUAAGGCUGCUGCGGCUAUGACGUCAUUGUUGACAUUUAGUUAGUUGUAUUGUAUGUAAACUCUGCGUGAUAGUAACUACUGGUUAGAUGAUGAUGACGCUAUGGUGAAAUAUCCAGUCGGAAGACUUGGAUUGUUGGAGGAAGGUGCUGGAAAAGUGCGAGUUUUCGCCAUUCCAAAUUCCUUAAAGCAAGCAGGCUUUACUGCGUCCUGCACAUGAUUGGUGCAUGAAGGUUCUUCGUACCAUACCAAUGGACGGUACCUUUAAUCAAACCGCACCUUUGGCCAGGUUAAAGAAGAUCAAAAGCUUGUUUAGCUUUGAUUUAUCGGCUGCAACGGAUAGAUUUCCGUUGUCAUUUCAGGGCGUGAUAGUACAAGGGUUGUUUAACCUAGAAACUGCCUUUGCUUGGGUAAUGUCUGGGCUUGGAACAAAUGUGUUCUCCGCCCCUGCAUCACCGCUCGUGGGGGUCUGCCGAAGUUUGUCCGGUUUUCCACUGGUGAUCUACGACCACCCUCUCCAACUUUUUUCUAUAGGGCUUCCGUUCCGCCAAACAGCUUUCCUUUGCUUCCUCAACCUAUCCAGCUACUCGACGGGUAGAAGUCGACGAACUGCUCGAAGGGCUCGGGUCAUGACGGCGGAAGUUAGCUCUCCUAAUCUGUCUGAUUGGUCAACCAAUUUUGGAUUGAUUGACUGCGCGGGUGUGUUCUUUAGACGCAGGGAUCUUUAUCCUAUCCCUAGUGGUCUAGAUGAACCCAUUCAGAGCAGUUGGGAAUGUUGGUGGAAGUUAUGGACAUUGUGUUCACAAGUGGAUCAAGAUCAUAUUAAAGAUGUGAUACCCAAUGACAACUCCACGUUAGUAUUGAUCCCAGGCCGUUUGGCUGAGAAAAUGGAGGGAGCUGGAAAGCUUCGCGUGUUUGGAAUCCGCUUAAACAGUUUUAGUUUUGAUCUCAAAGCCGCAACCGAGACCUUUCCAGCUAUGCUUCUUGGAAAGAUGUUAAUCGGUGUAUUCGGCUCCGCUGUUGCAGCUGCUUGGGUGGGCUCUGGGCUUGUAGCCAAUAUGUUUAGAGCUAAGGCCCAUCGCCGAGAAGGUCACUGUAUGGUGGCGUUCGGCACGGGACAACCACUUGCUUUCUACGGUUCCUGGCCAUUAUUCACUCUAGCACACCACAACACCGUGUGGUUGAGUGCUGAGUUAGUGGAUCCGGGAUCCCGGUUUACUGCCUAUGCUAUCUUGGGUGACGAUAUUGUCAUCGGAGAUGCAGAGGUGGCAGCUAUGUACCAGAAGGUGGUGGCCAUAGCCAAGGUUCAUAUUAAAAAAGUUCGGACUUAAAGCUGGCAAUAAAAAGCAUCCAUCUGCGCUUUCGGAUAUGUGCUAUGCACAGCGUCACUAGUGCGAGUCGAGUCCAUAUACAACGGGACCAUAUAGACAAGUCGAGUAAAGAAAGCAGUAUCGAAUAGAGCGGGCUCAAGUACACGAGCGAGGGUGGUCGUAGAUCAGGUGAGGGAUGAACCACAAUCCAGAGGGAAAGGGAAGAGCGGCCGAUCCGCCAGCGGGUGAUACGCGAGCGAGACUAUCAGUGAACCAAGUCAAUCCCUUUCCGCUUUGCACUCCGGUUCUUGAUUCCUUUUGAGCCCUUUCCAACCACGUGCGAUAGCACUCCUUACCCAGCAAGAAAACGGAUGCGCUACCGCGCAACGGCUUUCGCGCUAGCCGUUGCUUGGUGGAAUAGAUUCGUUACAAGAAAAGCGGCCCUUCUUCUCCUUAUCCUUAUCUUGAUCCUUCUCCUGGCAAAGUUCAUUUCUUGAUUCAAUUUGUCUUAUUGUCGCCCUUCUCUCUUGAAAGAGGAGUUCAUUUUGUGAAUCAAUCGGCCACAGAAAUGAGUUUCAAAUGUCUUUGUGCGUACUUUGUUCAUAGGCGAUCUAGUUGGUGCUUAGUCUGUCGACUCUAUCUCAACAAAGGAAGAAUCGUUCGUCAGUGACGGAAUGAAACUCGUGUGAAUCGUACGUGGAUUGGGGCUAUCACACCGAAAAGGCGAUAGCAGGCACCUCCGGCGCCCUGAUUUUCACACAAACUACUAUUUUAUUUGUUUAUUUGGAAGCGCAUCUUUUUUCGUAUAUCAGACGGGCGCUCAGCUCUUCAAUCAAUCAAAAUCAAAUCGAAAGGAGAUUUUCGUAGAAUAAGAAAGAAGGCUCUCAUGAAAAUUCAAUAGAAUAGAAAGAAAAGCGGAGUGAGAGCUCUCGCCCGAAAAGCAAGUAUCAAUUUGAGGAGAUUUUGUACUUUGUUUAUGGCUCUUAUGGUCCGGGUUUCGAUCGACGGUAUCUUAAGAAAGAAUCGUUCGUUCAAGGCAAAGUCCACUUCGCUUCUUUUUUCGUAAAUAGACUAAGUCCGAGAUCUUCCUGAGAAGCUGCGGAAAGGAAGCCCAGCAACCAAGCAACGGCUGAGCUAGCUGAUCUACGACCACUCUCUCCCGGUGGUCGAGCUGAUCUACGACCACCCUAUAUAAAAGGGUGGUCUACGAUCAGCUUUUCUUCGCUGGCCUCUUCGCUUCCUCAUAUAUAACAACAUCUAUUAUGUAUCUCUUUCUCAUCGAAUUUUGAUUUCUAUAUUCCUGAUUUAUGUGGUCGAAGCACCACUACACCAGGUGGCAAAUUGUCUCGUUCGCAGCCUUCAUUCCUGCCUGCUCGCUUCCACACACGCCUUGCAUUCUGAACGGUUGCCCUUCCUUCAGUCGAACCCCGCUCCCGCUUAGAUAGAACAGGAGCCCUGCCAGAACUAGAACAGGUACAAGGGCGCCAAUUUUCUCGCUUAUACAGACCUUGACUGCCGCAAAUCCAGUCUUAUACGCCCUAUAGAUAUAGAUGAGUAAAAGGGAGCACCCUGCUUUUUUUUUGUCGUCCAUAGGAAGAGAGGGGUCAGCGAGCAGGUGUUCCCCAUCUUUGCCAAAGGCAAACAGCCCCCAUGUUAUUCAGCGUGGGGAGCCUGCAUGACAAGAGCAGGCAGCAGGCAUGGUGCAUGGGACCAACCACUUCUUUUUCUCGCCACGCCAGCCACUUCAUUCAAUCAUAUGUUCUAUUCCGGGACAAGGAAAUACAAAACCUUAUUCUUUCUAGUUCAAUUGGGGACUUUCUGACUUUCUUUCAACAAAGGCCGGCUUAUUACGCCGCUUACUUACCUAACGUAUACGCUUCGCUACGCUUACUCACUUUCUUUCAAGACAAAGAGGAUAGCGCGCUUCUUACACUACCACUUCUAAG